CCGGAGCCUGUCCAACUUUUCCAACUAUUUCUACCAUCCUCACUGAAGAACAGCCUCAAAUCUCCAUCUCUCUCUCUCAAUCCUUUUGCUUUCUCUAUUUCUAGAUCCUUCUCUCUCACUCUCUAAACCCUCUCCCAUCUCUGUAUCCUUCUAUCUCUAGACCUGAGAUAGCCUUGAAACUCAUAAAACCUCUCUGAAUCCUAGAGCUUGAAGAUUCAAGAACCAUGGCCGAAGAGACGUUCUCUUCAAGGGCGGACAGCCACAAGCGGAAGUUCGAUGAGCCCCCACCAGCUCCUCGCAGGCCCACCGGCUUCUCUGCUGCCCCGCCUCCGGAGCAACAAACGGGUUCAUACAACAGUGUCCCCCCGCCGAUGGACGAAAUCGCUCUAGCCAAACAGAGGGCCCAAGAGAUUGUUGCUCGCCUUGUCAACAGUGCGGAUGCCAAGCGUCCCCGCACCGAUGACCCAUCUGAAACCCUAACCCCCUCCAAUGGCUUCCUAACUGAUCUUUCACAAAACCCCCCAAGCCAGCCAAUGGGGAACCUUCAAGUCAACCCCACCGUUGCAGCACAACCAGCUUCUUACUAUGGUUUUCAGGGCACAAGUAAAAAGAUUGAUAUACCGAAUGGGAAGGUUGGUGUUAUUAUAGGGAAGGGAGGAGAAACCAUUAAAUAUCUUCAGCUCCAGUCAGGGGCUAAAAUUCAAGUUACCAGGGACAGUGAUGCUGAUCCGAAUUCUCCAAAUAGACAAGUAGAACUUGUUGGUACUUCUGAGCAAAUCAGCAGGGCAGAGCAGCUAAUCAAGGAUGUGAUUGCAGAGGCAGAAGCAGGGGGCUCUGGUGCGCUUGCAGCUCGGGGCAUCUCUUCAGUGCAACCGGACGGUAGUGAACAAUUCGUGAUGAAGGUUCCAAAUAACAAGGUUGGACUGAUUAUCGGUAAAGGGGGUGAGACCAUAAAAACCAUGCAAAGCAGGACUGGAGCACGGAUUCAGGUGAUACCAUUGCAUCUCCCACCUGGGGACACAUCGACAGAAAGAACAGUUCAGAUGAAUGGCACUAAAGAGCAAAUUGAAGCUGCUAAAGAAUUAGUCAAUGAAAUUGUUAAUGAGACCCGCCCAAGAAACCCGACAAUGUCAACAAAUUACUUGCAGCCAGGUGCCUACCGUCCACCUCGCCCCCCCUACAACUGGGGCCCUCCAGGCCCUCCUCCAAUGCAACAGCAGCAGCAGCAACCAGGCUAUGGCUACACACAACCCGGACCCUAUUCAGGCCCACCUCCUUACAUGUCCCAACCAUAUGCUGCUUCUCAACAAUACGCUGCCUAUCCACAGCAACCCCCUGCCGCCUAUAAUUCCUCUUGGGACCAAACUACCCCUGCCUCAAACCCAACACAGGCCCCUCAACAAGCCCCAGGUUAUGAUUACUAUACGCAACCCGGCCAAACCACAGCACCCACUGCUCCUGACACUAACUAUGGUUACACCCAACAACCCCCCACUUCUAGCGCACCCUAUGAGCAAUCCUAUUCUCAACCCUCUAGUUAUACACAACAAGAUGGCUAUAACACUAACCAAGCUCCAAACCAACCUGCAAGCCAGGCACCAUAUGACCAGACUCAGGCCUACUCUGGACCCAAUUAUGGCCCGCCUGGUGCACCAACCCAGCAAGAGUCAGCUCCAUCCUAUGGAACCCAGGGCUCGAGCCAGGCACAACCGGUCCAGCCAGUGGGCUCACAACCAGGUUAUGGUGUUCAGCCUCCACCUGCUCAAGGUGGGUUUCCAUCGAGCCAACCCAUGGCUCAGUCAGCAUAUGGGCAACCAGGUCCUUAUGCUCAGGCUGGCUAUGGACCUCAGGCUCAAAAACCACCUGCAUAUGGGCCUGUUGCUGGAGUAGCUCAGCCUGGGUAUCCUACCCCGAGCCCACCCGCUCAGUCAGGGUAUGGACCUCCUGCUCCUUAUACGAGCCCUGCCCCGCCUGACCAGGCUCACCAAGGUGGAUCAAGUUAUGGGCAAGCGGGUUAUGGUGGGCAACCUGCUUAUGGGCAGCCAGGCUAUAGUGGGCCACAAGGGUAUGCCGGUGGUGUUGGCGAAGGUUAUGGUGGAUAUGAGCAGAGGCCAUCGAGCGAUAGGCAGCCAGCAUCAGGUCAUGGGUAUUCGCAGCAGCCACCUCCUGCUUAUGGUGCCGAAACCGGCAGUGGUGCGAGCAGCACUCCGGUUGGGGUCCCAAAGACCUCACCUCAGAGUUGAGGUGGUCUCUUUCUCUUAUGACUUAUUCGCGUCUUUCUUUGGGUGUGUGUGCUUAGCCUCUGUCUUAGGUUCGCGUGUUUUCAGGUUGGUGUUGGGAUUUUCGAAGUGUUCAUAAACUUUGUGGAUGAUCAGGAUUCAGGAAAAGAAUUUUAUCCUGUGCUUUUGGGUUUAGUUUUCCAGUUAAGAAUUAAAUGGAGUGCAAAAAUUUUUCA